AUGCUCCUUGGGGUCCGAGAAUGGGCAGAGGUGCAACCUGCGUUGCUGCUGGACCACGAGGAGGAAGAGUACCAGAUAGUUCUGGCGCCAUGGUCGGCCAUCUUUGGGGGACUGGCAUUUGCUAUCACACUAUUUUCAUGGCGCUGCGCGCGCAGCGUGUUCCUUGAUCGAAUCUGCAUCCACCAAACCGACGCCAACCUGAAGUCAGAAGGCAUUAUGAGCAUCGGCGCGUUUCUCAAGCGUUCGAGCUCAUUUCUUCUCGUCAUUAUGAGCUUCGGCGCGUUUCUCAAGCGUUCGAGCUCAUUUCUUCUCGUGUGGGACACGACGUACGUUCAACGCUUAUGGUGCCUGCUAGAACUGGGUGCAUACAUGGCGAGCCACGACAAAGCGGCGGCAGGUUUUUCUGAGGCCAAGUGUAAUGGCCCCAUGCAUUUUGUGCGUGGGCUUUGGCAUGUGGAUGAGCUUUGUUAUGUUUACCUUCAUGGACGCGAUGCGCCUCUUCAUUUUGCAGCGGCAGUCCUGCGCACGCACUAUCGCGACACUGAGAGAAUGCUCGAGCAACUCGGCGAGUUCACAGUUCGGGAUGCACGCUGCAAUUGCUGCGAUGUGGGGCACACGAGUGGCAACAGGCUUUGUGACCGCGAGGUGGUCUUGCAGUGUGUGCGGAACUGGUUUGGAUCUGCGCAGAAGUUCGAAGAAGUGGUGAAGUCCGGCGUCAAGCACCUGCUCUAUCGCCAGCUGGGUGGAUUGCUGUUUCCAUACAGAUGGUUACUCGUGGGCUCUGCUCCUCUGUUCUGGGGAUUCCUGGACAUUGCAGCAGCACGCGCCCGACUCGGUCUCUGGGACAAGGCUGCCAUGUAUCUGGGGUACGGAUUGGUGUGGUGGCUGGUGACCUUUCCCCUGAUCUUCGCGUUUACGCUGCUUAUGGCACGGCAUUCUCGCCGGCAGUUGAAGCCGCAGUGCCUGGAUCAUUUCAAAUCGUUCCUGGUCUCGCUGCUCCUUUCGGCCAUGUCAAUUGGCGGUCAGUUCUUGCAACAUUUGCCGCUUCACACGUUUGGGAGUAUUUCGAUCCUACUCGCCGGUGGUGUGUGGAUGAUUCUUCGCAUUCAAGAAAAGAACUUUGAAGCAAUGCACGGUUUUCAGGGUUUGGAGUCACUUGGGCCUAUCGGCUACGGCUCUGCAGAUGAAGUUGGUCCGGCACGGCAAUACCAAGUGCCAGAAGACUCAGUAGAGCUGUAA